CGCCCUACUCGGCCUCUGAUUGGCUACAACCCGGAAACAGUCAUUUAUAGUCCUCUUGGCAUCUCGCUUCCAACAUGGCGGUGAACCUCACAGACCUCUCUCUGCCUCAACUAGAGGGACUGAAAACACAGCUAGAUCAGGAGAUUGAGUUCUUGACGUCUUCAAUAGGUCAGCUCAAAGUUGUCCAGACGAAAUAUGUUGAAGCAAAAGAUAGUAUGAACGUCCUGAACAAAAACAACAAAGGAAAGGAAUUGCUCGUGCCACUUACCAGCUCUAUGUACGUCCCUGGAACAUUAAAUGACGUGGAAAAUGUCUUAGUGGAUGUGGGGACAGGAUACUAUGUUGAAAAGAACGUGGAUGACUCAAAGGCUUUCUUCAAACGCAAAAUAGACUUCCUCACAAAGCAGAUAGAGAAAAUUCAGCCAGCUCUUCAGGAAAAGCAUGCCAUGAAACAAGCUGUGAUUGAAGUGAUGAACGUGAAGAUCCAGCAGCUACAACAGAGCCAGCAGGCAUCACAGACGGUUGUGCCCACCAAGGCUUAAUGACAACACCUGCCUCAACUCUUCAUGAUUGCGGGAGGGGGAGGGGGAAGGGGGAGAUUUUUAAGUUUGUGCAUAAAUAAUCAUUAAAUAACAUCUGCUGUUGUAGGACAAGUAAAUGCCCUCCACUAAUCUAAUGAAGUCAUGUUAAAUACUGAAUAGUAUUUUUUUUGUUUCUAUCUGAAGUGCACAAACCCUGUCACCUGUAAAUUAUAAGUAGGCUAUUGUUACCUUAAAGCAAUCUUGUACUUGGUAAAUUUUAAGUGAAUUUAAUUGGAUGUCCGGUUAGUUUGCAUAAAUAAAGAGGUUUCAUUCAAGGAA